ACCGAGAAGAGAGAAGAAGCUCCGCCGCGUGGUGUGUAAGCGAGCACAAAGAGCGAGGCGUUCCCGGGCUGCCAGGCGGAGGGAGGCAGCCUCCUCUCUCCUCCCUUUCUCUGUUUCUGUUUCUGUUUCCGUCUGUCUCCCGCCCAUUCAUGGCGCUGGCGGCGGAGCUGGCGGCGCGGCUGAACUGCGCCGAGUACAAGAACUGGCUGAAGGCCGGGCAGAGCCUGCUGCUCCUCCGCGCCGCCCUCCAGCGCUUCGCCGGCGAGCAGGCCCACGCCUUCCACCAGCAGCUGGCCGCUCGCCUCCCGUCGCCGCCGGGAAGCCGCUGCCGCGGGCACUGCCUCCCGCGAGGAAAGCAGUUUCAGCCUGUCUGCACCCUGUGUAAAGAAUGGAAAAAGGAGAUUUUGAAACAUCACACUCACAGGAAUGGGGAGGUGAACUGGGGAAACUGCAGGCCUUGGCUCUGGCCUUCUAAUCCUUGGGAAAUUGCAAAGGCUUACAUGCCUCCUGGGAAAGCUGAUAGCUGUGGUCCUGACAAGUGUGACGCAUCAGGACUCUUAAACCUUUUUACUUUUUGUGAUUACUUCAGCAACAUUGAUCAAAAGAAGGUCAGAGAGGUGAUUAAGUGCCGCAAUGAACUAAUGCACUCUUCAGAUAUGAAAGUCUCCUCUUCCUGGCUGAAGCAGUUCGGAAACCAUAUUCAGAAUUUGCUUGCUGAGUUUCAACAUGUUCCCGAGGCCCAAAUGGCUACUACAAGUAUAGAAAAGCUCCUGAAAUCUGAUUGGGCUGUUCAUGUACCAGGGGAAGAUCAGCUUGAUGGACUGGAAGGUGAAAUGAGCCCAGGCCAGAUGACUGAAAUAGAGGCAGAGCUGAUAAAAGAGAGACUUAAUGAAAUCAGGCUUUGCAUGGAGGAACAGGGAACAAUGUCAAAAGAGGAUUCCAACAGAAUACAAGCUGUAAGGAAUUUCAUCCACAGCAAUCAUGACCUUCAAAGAAAUUUGCAGGAAGAAGUGCAGAACCUAGAAGACUUAGUACAAAAAAUGAACAGUCAAGAACAGGUGGUAAAAGAGACAGAAGAAGUAAAUUGUGAACAAAAAAGUGAUGAAGGUUGUCCUUUAGAAAAAAUGAAGCGCACAGUAUGAAGAAUUGUUACUGUGAAAAGACAAGGCAUUUAUCAUCAAGGGAACCAUUUAUGAGUUAACUUUUUAACAUAAACAAUUCUUACAAAUUAAGAAAAUAAUUUUCAAGAGGGAUAUUACACUUUGUUUUGAUGCCAAAUCCCUUGAUGUCGUACUGUGUCUUGCUUUGAGUAACUUAGAAUGAUGCUCCUUCUGCACAGGCCAGUUUGUUUGGGUUCGGUUCUGUUUGUUGUCAUAUAAUACCAGAUAGGACCAAUGGUGGUAAUAUUAAUUACAAAAAAAUUCUAUUAUGCUUCUUCAGAGGAAAUGAAACAAUCAAUUUUUCAAUUCUCUUUCCUGUUUUGUAUUAGACAUACACCAAAAAACUCUCUCUCCUCCAGAACUAUAUCAAUUCCUUAGUUCUCUGUACUACUGAGUACCGUUGAUUAUCCUUUAUCCAAAAGGGUUGAGUAUCUGUAUUUUGAUUUUUAAAAAAGAUUUUGGAAUACUUGUAUAUACAUAUAUAAAGAGAUAUCUUGGGAGAUACAAGCACAAAAUUCAUAUACAUUUUAUGCACAUAAAUUGUGGAUAAUUAUAGAUACAAUUUUUAAAAAUAAUGUUGCGCAUGAAGCAUAGUUUGUGUACACUGAGCUAUCAGAAAGCAAAAGUCACUAUAUCUCAACCACCCAUGGAUGUUAUUUUGGAGUAUUUUGGAAUUCUGAUUAAAAACUCUGUCUGUAUUGUUUUAACUCAGUAAAAAGAUCUGUGAAGAUUCACUUUAUGUGAUGAAAGCUGCACCAGGCUGGAAUUCUUCCCAUCCCUUAAAUAGGACUGCCUUAAGUGCUGCAUUUGGAAAGAACAGACAACACUGAGACAAUAAGUUAUUAAUGCUGUUGAACCAAAAUAACUUCAGUCAAAAAGAAAUUGUGUAUCAUUUUGCUCAGUGAAUAUGUAAAAAACGAAAUAAUGAACUAUGUAAUUCUUACACCAACUAUGAAUCCUUAUUUUGUGUUUGGUUCUUCAUACAGUAGAAAGAUAUUUUUAUCCCCAAAGGCUGUUCACAAAAGCCUAAUCUCUGGUUAUAGAAUCAUAGUUUUGGAAGAGACCUUGUAGGCCACCCAGUCCAACCCCCUGCCAAGAAGCAUUCAAUGCAAUAUUCCAGGUAACUGUUCCAAUAUGCCAAAUGCCUUACUUGCAACCAACUAUAACUUUCAUGUAAAGCAGAUUGGAGAGUAUCUUGCUUUAUUAAGAGAUUUAAAGAUUUUGUAGGAAUGUCUGAAGGAAGACAUUAGAGAUAAAAUCCUAUGCAGAUCCCAAUCAACAUUGUGGAACUAUUGAAUACAUAAUGCAUAUGAUUGCUCCGUUAGAUAUUUAUGAAAAUAAAGUAGGAUUGAGUUUGACCAUAUAAGAUCAAUAAUUUUCUAAUAUGCUCUUACCUUGAGCAUGUCAGUGGGAAGAAAAAGAAGAACAUUUUGGACACACAUUUUCUUGGCAAUGUCAAACAUUUAUUAUUCAACAAAAAUACCAAACAAAAUCCUGUAAUUCAUGCAUGUUUUAUUUGAUGAGAUAUUGACAUUUUUAAAAAUUUUCUGUUGGGAUAGUUAGAAGAUUAAGAUUUAGGAAGCAAAGGAUUGGAAUUUCAGAAUUGAGUUUAAAUUUAGUAACUUCAAGAUUGGUGAAAUGAAUUUGUCAACUCUGAUAUUAAAACUGUGCAACACCACUUAA